UUGAACCAUGUACUCCGCAAAGAAGUCUGCCGUUCUGGCCCUGAUGCUCGUCCAGCUGGUGGGCCUCAUUCAAGGCGGAUCCUACAGCUAUGAGGACACGUGGGUGUACAUGUAUUCGAAUACUGACUUCCCCGACAACGCUGUCCUCGGAGGCCUCGAUUCCGAAGGUUACUACAACUAUGUGGGCCGUGUGGUGCACAGCUCCAACAUCCUUCCUGCCCGAGUGGUUCCAGAGCUGAACAAGGCCUCCUACAACACGGACACCAUUGGUUCCCAGACCAAAGCCUAUGAGGUGCUCGUGUCCAACGACACCGUCCGGUACCACUGGCAGCACAGCUUCGACGGCUUCCUGGAGAAAAGCGCCGUAUCCGUGGGAACUAACGCCAGCAACGACCGAGUCUACAUCUGUCGCCUCAGGACGGACGAGGGACUCCUCGUGGGCACCCUCUUACUGGCCAAGCGCGUCUGCAUCGUGAAGAUCGACGAGAUGCCACUGAGGACGUCCGACAAGUACGAGAUCCUGAUUAGGGAACGCAAGGCGGCACAGUUUAGUCCAUUCGGUGUUUGAAUCGAAGCAGGAACUUGUUAAAACAAAUUUAUUAAAUGCAAAUAAAAUCAUAUAUAUAUUUAUUUAAA